AAAGUAGGCGACAACCUUGGGUCAAAAAUAAGCCCAUAUAAACACAUUGGCCUUGUUCCGGACAGAGUUAGGGGAGAGUGAAACCCUCUGGCUUUGCCUCAGCGCUCUUUAUAUUUUUUGACUUGGUAGCUAUCUAGCAAACGUUCCUUCAUUACAAAUGUCUAAAAUAGAGUUAUUGAGAAUGUUUCUAAACCAGAAAUUAAUAGCUGCAGCGGAAGAGAUAUUUGGUGUCGUUGAAGAAACGAUAGCAGAGUACCAGGAAGAGGUUUCUCACACAAAGGAGGAGAACAGCCGUCUACGGAUCACGCUUGAUAUCCUUACUAAGGCAGAUAUCAAGUUACAUAGACAAGAAGACCCCCAGCAGCUCACUGUCACUGUGUCUGAUGAGGUGGUUUCCCCCGAGCAGCAGGAGUGGAACCCCAGUCUGGGGCAGAAGGCCCCAGAACCCACACAGAUGAAAGAUGAACAGGAUGAACCAAGGACCAGUCAGGAGGAAGAUAAUAAUUUCAAUGAGUUUAUCAAUUCUUACGGCUGUGUAUCAAGUGGCUAUUAUCAGGACCCAACUCAGUCCUCACAUGGAGAGAGAUACUCUCUACCCAGCACCUCAACUGAACAGAUCAAAACAGAACCUUAUGUAGAAGACUAUGGUGUAUCAGAACCAACCAGAGAGCCUCAGCCCUUCUCUGCAGUAGAUAGAGAGUGUUCUGCAGCUCAGAGUGAAAACAGAGGACAUAUUGACAAGAUGGAGAGUGGAGGACCUCUGUCAGGUCUAAUGUUAAAGCCACUCAAAUCAAAGAGGACAAAGGCAGUAAAAGGACAAAGUUCUCAUAGUGUUAAGGACAGGAAAUUGAACCAUCUAAAAUCACACUCGAGACCCAGUGUAAGCUGGGAUGCUUCUCCUAGUUGUAAGGUAUGUGGAAAGCAAUUUGACUCCAUGGCUUCUUUAUUAAAUCAUGUGCAAACGCACACACAGGAUAAAGAACAUCUUUGUGGUGUGUGUGGAAAAUUCUGUCAGUCCACAGAAAGUAUGAUAGAUCACCUACAAACUCACAUCGGAGCAAAGUGUUGUCAUGUUUGUGGUAAAUAUUUUGCUUGGGAUGCUUUCCUGAAAAGGCAUUUGAGGAGUCAUACAGGGGAGAAGCCAUUUCACUGUCAAGAUUGUGGCAAAGGAUUCAGUCAGAGUGGAAACCUGGCUGUGCAUAUGAAGAGCCACUCUGGGGAGAAACCACAUCGCUGCCCUGUUUGUGGCAAAUGUUUCAGCAGAAACCCUGAUCUGACAGUGCACAUCAGGACUCAUACAGGGGUGAAACCAUAUAAGGGCAGUAUUGUGGCCAAGGAUUCAAGCAGAAUUAUCACCGGAAACUACACAUGAAGAUCCACUUGGGAAAAUCCAUAUCAUUGCCGUCUUUGUGACAUGUAUUUCAGCACUAGCACCCAGUCAACAGGCAUGAGAUUUCACAUGGAAGAGAAGGCGUCACUGUCAUGACUGGCAGAGGCUUUGCAUAGACUGGAAGUUUGGCAAGGCAUAAUGACAAUGCACAGCAUACUUUAGUGUAGAAAAUACUGACUGUAGACCUUGUUUGUGAUACAUGUUUCACUCAGCCGCUUUAUUGAGAAAAUAUUUUUCUUGCAGUGACUUGAUAUGUGGUUGUUUUACCUGUUUUGAAUGUACUGACUGUAAGUUGCUCUGGGUAAGACAGUGCAAUUAUGUUUCACUGUUAGUCUACACCUGUUCCUUACAAAGCGUGUCACUAAAAGAAAAUGGAUUUGAUUGCUGCUAAAUGCUUCAAAUGGAUGAAGUCCCCUAGAAGGUACGAGAACAUUCACAAGAGGGAGAAAACAUAAUGACAACCUGAUGAAAAUCCUCCUGGAAACAUGGCAGUAGUUUCCUGUGUAGGGAGAGUGUUUCAGACAAUACAAGAGGUGCAUUAAAACAUGUCGUUCUCUCAA